CCCGUUCUGGCCCGAGCGUCCGAGAGGAACGAACGGAGCGCAAGGCGCAUGACGGCUGCGCGGCUUUCCCUCGACGGACCCUUUAAGCUGUGACAGACGUCUGCUUCUCAGCGCGAAGCCUAACAUGACUCCGACGUCGACUCUCACCGGCAGCGAGACGAUGAGCCCUCCGAACGAGACGACUGCGGCCCAGAAACGGAAGACCGAGGAUGGAGCUCCGCAACCUCGAGCCAAGCGCAAUCGCUAUAUCUCAAUUGCAUGUAACGAGUGCAAGCGAAGAAAGAUCAAGUGCAACGGCCAGACGCCGUGCCAGCGAUGCGGGAAUCUGUCGCUGGAGUGCCUAUAUGCGCCGAACUGCUGCAACAACUUCAAGGACUCCGAGGAAUUCAAGCAGAUGUCGUCGCAUAUAUCGGCCCUCCAGGAGCAAGUAGAUCAGCUCUUCGCGAACCUCAACUCCCUCAAGAGCCAGGUCGACGUGCAAAGCGCCGGGUCUAUCGGGACGCCGUUCAAUCCCCAAGAAUAUCCUCGGUCUAUGUCCAUUGGGCAGACGUCUAUACUGCCCCCUUCGCCAGCGAACCAGCGAACCAAGUCCUUCAGCAAGCACCCACGAUUCCACGGCCCAACGUCGAGUGCGUUCAAUCUGGGCGUAGCAAAGUCGAGCCUGAAGACGAUGGGCAUAACUGGAACUGACGAUGCUGAGGAUGAAGGAGUUGUGACACAGGACGCGACGCCGAUGGCCACCCCGCCCACUACGAACGCCGUCCUUCCCAAGCCAACGCUCCACGCUGAUAAGGACCCAAUCUGGUCGCUCACGAAGCAUGAGGCGAUUCGGUUAAUCCAUUUAUGGCAUGAAGAGAUGGGCUUGAUGUACCCCUUCCUCGACAUCGACAAGGUUAUCCGCUAUGCGGAGAUGCUCUUCGCAUUCGUUGAAGCAGCAGCCAGAUCAGGUCUCAUGCAAGGUGCCCUCCCCGGUGCCGAUGCCAUAAUGGAUGACCAGACGAGCAUCUUGAAACUUAUGCUCGCCAUUGCCUUAGUGCUCGAGGGCAAUGGAAAAGACCCAUUAGGAGAGAAACUCUUCAACAAUGUCCACAAAGUCGUCGAGAAGGCUCUUUCUGACCCGGUGGACCUCAGGAGUAUCCACUUACUAACCAUGACUGGCAUGUACCACUUUCAUCAAGACAACGAGUCUCUCGCCUGGCGAGUCAUUGGUCUGGCUGCCCGCCAGUGUCUAGAGCUGGGUUUACAUCGCCGAGAAACAUACACUUCGGUCUUUACUGAGCCAGAUGAGCAAGGCACAGCUAUUCGGACGUUCUGGUCUGUGUACGUGCUCGAUCGACGCUGGAGCUUUGGGACCGGAAUGCCAUUCGCCUUGCAGGAAGCUGACAUAGACCCAACCCUUCCUAAACCGGAUGACUCUACCCCUUACCUUAAUGCGAUGAUAUCUUACAGCCUCAUCGGGUCGAAGGUCUGGAAGUCAAUUGCUAACGCCGACGCCUCUCAGAACACAAUUAACAAAGAGGAUAUGGGGUUCCUUGACUUCCAAGUCCUCAACUGGCAUCGAUCGAUCCCAGACUCUCUGAAGUUCGUUCACCCCGACAGCGGCCGACACUUCGAUCCGCCAACGCGAGGGCUCCAUCGGCUCCAGGUUGCCUUAUACCUUCGUGCGAACCAGAUGCGCAUCCUUAUCUACCGCCCCGUGUUGCACACUGCUACCAGUAUUAUGGAGAACCUUGAGUUCGCCCAUACAGUGGUCAAAGUUUCAAAGGACACUAUCCGGAUAUUGACACAUAUCAAUCAGACAUCAGACAUAUACAAGGCCCAGCAGACGAUGUUCAACUAUUUUCUCAUCUCUGCUUUAGCGGUACUAUUUCUAGCAGUCGCUCAUGCGCCUGCAGAGUUCAGCUCCCAGUGUCGAGAUGAGUUCUAUAUGGCCCUUGACCUAGUCCGCGGCCUGUCGGCGAACUCCUAUGUGUCAAAGCGGCUAUGGAAGACCAUCAAGAUGCUCAAAGAGGUGGGACCGAGGCUAGGAUUGAACAUACGCCACGACGCUGCGGAUGCGCACUCAUCUGCCGCUGUCGCCAUGGCAGGGCUUGCCGGGCAUCAAGUCGACGAGCUAGCAAUCUUCUCGAACGGCCGGAACGGGAAUCAUCUAGACACGCCGCAUGGGAUGGCGUCAGACCUUACAACAUUGUUUGAAGCAGCGGGUGGCUAUUCAAUGCUUCAGAAUGGAUACGGGCUCUCUUCCGCAGAGGUGUCGAACGGAGAGUUCACGAGCGCCUUCGGCCAGGAGAAUGACGAGUUAGCGAGGAUAAUGAGGGAUUUGUUCUGAAUGUGAUAGAAUUAGGGGAAUAUGUACGGUGCGACUGUUACCGAAUGAGAGAAUAUGUUCAGCAUUACAGAUUAG